AAGACAGUUCCCUUAAUGAAAGCCAUUUUCAGCCAUGGGUAUUUAUCUUCAGGCUUCUGCAUGGGCAGCUCGAUGGGACCUUCGGCUCUGUUUUGCAGCUGCUUGGCUGUUAUAGAAGAUUAUCUCAGUGCAAGAGAAGCUGGAAGAGAGCAGCCCUCAGUUUCGCUGUGUACAUUAUCUACAAGCAUGGCCAGUAAGAUCCAGGGCCUGAGUGAGGAAGAGAGAGGGCACCUCCUACCUCUGCUACGCAAUGCCCAGUGGGUAGAGGUGGUGGAGAGGGAUGCAAUCUACAAGGAGUUCCUCUUCAAAGACUUCAACCAGGCAUUUGGAUUUAUGUCCAGGGUGGCACUACAAGCUGAAAAGAUGGACCAUCAUCCUGAGUGGUUCAAUGUAUAUAAUAAGGUCCAGAUCACACUCAGCACACAUGACUGUGGGGGGCUUUCCCAGCGAGACAUCACCCUGGCAACAUUCAUCGACCAAGCGUCUGUCCUCUGAGCCCAACUCAUAGCCUUACAUUUCGGUCGGCCAGCAUCAGUCACUUCAACUGGGACUGUCAGAGCCCAAAGAUUAGUUCAUGUUCAUUCUAAUGAAAAAAUUACAAAUUGAAAAGACCCCUUUGGGAUCCAAAUGAAUAUGUGAUAAUGUUUUAAAGGUCUUGUUUCAGUGUAAAAUAUAUUGUAUAGCAGAUAUGGUUUUAAUAGCCUUAUUGGGGUUCAGUGAAUGUUUGUGGACAGGCUUUAAGGGGAUGGAAAUCAUGAAAGAAUGAUAUAAUACCAUACCAAACAUGUCUGUUCUUCAAGUUGAAGUUCAGUGAAAUAAAAGGCUAGAAUAAAAUUAUUAGUUCAUUAGUCAUUCAUGUUCAUUCCAGUGACUUCAUAAACUGUGUUCACAACCCAAGCAGUGCCUUUUUAGUCUGUUAGAUGUAAUGUCUGUGCCUAGUGUUUGUUUAAACUGACCAGUUACUGACGUAGUUAGAGCAAAUAAAGAGUUCAGAAUAA